AUGUUACGGCCCUUCCCUCGAAGGCGAACCGCCUCUCGCCUCCUCCUUGUCGCAGCAUUGAUUGCCAUUGUUGUCUUUUUGCGCCGCCCUUUGCUGCUUGGAUACCCGGCCUCUCUUCCUCCCCGAGCUCCAACCCGGUUCAAGAAGUCGACGUUCGACUGGUCGACCGUCGAAGAGCACAAUCCUGCCGGGUCGCUCGUCCCACUGCCCAGGGGCAAGCCAAAGGAGGCACGGCGCAUACAACACGACUUCGAUUCCAGAGCCAGGAAUGAUCCGGUCAGCAAUGCCCGGCGCGUAGCUGUGCGGAAUGCUUUUAUACGGUCCUGGAAUAGCUACAAGGAGCAUGCGUGGCUGCGGGAUGAGCUGUUGCCCGUCACGGGCGCGGCAAAGGACACCUUUGGCGGGUGGGCGGCCACCCUCGUCGACAGCCUGGACACGCUGUGGAUCAUGGAUCUGAAGCCCGACUUCUACGAGGCCGCCAGCGCGGCCGGCGAGAUCGACUGGAACAACACUACGGAUACGGGCGUCAACGUCUUCGAGACAACCAUUAGGCACCUUGGCGGGCUGCUUAGCGCCUACGACCUGAGCGGCGAGAUGGCGCUCCUGGUCAAGGCGAAGGAGCUCGGCGACAUGCUGUACACGGCCUUCGACACCCCCAACCGGAUGCCGCCCUUCUGGCUGACGUUCGACCACGCCAAAGACGGGACGCAGAAGGCGGGGACCCACGACCCGAGCGCCUCGCCGGCGUCCUUGUCCCUGGAGUUCACUCGCCUGGCUCAGCUCACCGGCGAGGACAAAUACUACGACGCCAUUGAUCGGAUACGGGCCUUCCUGGUGCGCACACAGGGGCAGUCCCAGUUGCCUGGCAUGUGGCCGACCAUGAUAAACUUCCGGGACGAAGAGGUCUCCGAUAAGCACUUUUGCCUCGGGGCCCUGGCCGAUUCCCUGUACGAGUACCUGCCCAAGAUGCACCUUCUUCUAGGUGGGCUGGAUGAGUCGUACGAGGUGAUGUAUAGAGCGGCAAUGGAUGUGGUUGUCGAACAUGUGCUCUUCCGUCCCAUGCUUCCGAAUAACGAAGACCUUCUAUUCCCAGGCACGGCAACUGUUCAAAACGACGGAGUUCAUAUCGCCCCCGACGGCCAGCAUCUGGCCUGUUUUGUUGGAGGCAUGUUCGCCCUCGGUGGAAGGAUGUUUGGCAUUGACGACCACGUCGAGAUCGGGGAACGCGUCGCCCGCGGCUGCGCCUGGGCUUAUCAGGCUUUCCCAACGGGUCUCAUGCCCGAGCUCUUCAGCAUGAUCCGAUGCCCUUCAGCAGCCGGUUGCGAGUGGGACGAGAAGAAGUGGAUCAGCGAAGGGGACCCUUCCCUGCCGAAGGGCUUCCGUAAUGCACGUGACCCGCGAUACAUCUUGCGUCCCGAGGCUAUCGAAAGUGUGUUCAUUCUCUACAGGAUCACGGGGAAGAAAGAGCUCCAGGAUAUUGCCUGGACCAUGUUCCAACACAUCAUGACGGCCACGGAGACGCCGUACGCCAAUUCGGCGAUAAAGGAUGUAAGGGUUACUGGCGAGACGGAAAAGGAAGACUCUAUGGAGAGCUUUUGGCUGAGCGAAACCCUCAAGUAUUUCUACUUGAUAUUUUCUCCUCCGGAUGUCAUUAGUUUGGAUGAAUAUGUGCUGAACACCGAGGCGCAUCCGUUCCGACGUCCUAAAUGA